GCCUAACAAAAUCAUCCCCUGCCGUGAUUGCGCCCCCGCUUCCUCCCCUCUACCGUGCUUCCCUUCUCCCCACGGACGCCAUCCACGCCUCCGCCGCCGCCUCGCGCGACGGGCGCCAUAUCUCCCCUAUUUCCCUCUCUUCUCCACGGCCACGCCGCGUCGCCGGCCGAGCCCCGUUGCGGUCGCUGUGAGCCGCCUCCCCGCCCUGCCCCGCAGCCCGCCCCACACCCUAAGCUGCAGCAAAGAUGCCCGAGCGAGGCGGAGGGGAUCGAGGCGUGCGGUUCGCGGUGACUGGCGGGCAGGGCUUCCUUGGCGCCGCCCAAUGUCUGGAGCUGAUCCACCGCGGCGCCCUGGAGGUCUGCUCCCUCGACCUGCAGGAUUCCUCCUCCUGGUCCCAGCAGCUCCUCGACGCCGGCAUCCGCUUCUUCCAAGUUUCGUAUUGGUUCAUCUUGGUUCGAGCCAUAUAAGCCCGUGGAUCGACCCAGCGGUGCUGGAUCUGAAGCACCAGAUAGGGAGAUGCCCCUUCGUGUAUGCCUAGAUACCAAAGGCAGAGUAUUAUGACCUCUACCACGAGUUCGACGUGAAGAUGCUGCACCCGGUCAGGGACGACCAGCUGCAGGUGUUCUCGGCGAGGUUCAACGAGGUCUUCCGCAAAUGCCAGUGCCCGGGCAAUAUCUGCUUCCUACAUGGCAUCUCAACGCAUAAUGGAAGGCUUUGUGUAGCGAUGAGGUUUUCCGAAGGAUCCAUUGGGGAUAGGAUGGCUCGACUUAAAGGUGGAAGGCUCCCUUUGUCAGAUGUUUUAAGAUAUGGCGCCGAUUUGCCGCUUGGUGUGCUAGAACUACACUACAUGGGAAUAUUUGUUCAGAAUCUCCAGUCUUGUAAUUUUCUCCUUGAUGACAAUGACCAGGAAGCAUGGUUUUGUUUUAUCCCAUAUAUCAGUACAUAAGUAUGUUUAGCUUGGUGAUUUGUCUAUGGAAAUUGGUGUUUUUUUAUCUACUGCAUCUGUUUUGAUCUUUACGAAAUAGGCUUUCGCCCCACUAUAUAGAUAUAGCAACCUCCCGAUACAAUCUGUUUUGAUCUUUUUAAAGCACAUCCCUUAAAUUGGUGAAUUUUUCUGUUAAUGUAGAACCAAUUUUAGCAAAUGAUAUUCUUUGUUACGAGUUAGCGGCAGUCUGCGAUAUAUCCAGAAAGAUGCUAUGCAUGUUUCUCUAUGUCUUAUAUCCUAACCUUCAUUCUUUGAUGACCAGUACAGAUGAACUUGUUAAGAACCUUUACAAUGAUCACAUUUGUGAUUUAACUUCCCUUUUUUUAGCCUUUAGACAAGCUGAAACUGAGCAUCAAAGUUUGGAAUAUUUUUACUGACAGCAACCAAGAGAUGCCUAGGUCCCAAGAUCUGAUCAGGCGCAGGCUGUGUUGGCAAAAAGGACACCAUCUUUGGCCUUUUCAUCCUCUUGUUUCUUAUAUUUCCAUGGAGAAGUCGAGUGUUAAGAGUUAACAGAAGUCAAGAACAAGCUCACCAUCCAUGAUUUUUUAGGGUAAAUAUUUUGUAAGUAGUGACAUCCUGGUUCUGCAUUCAAUCUACAAUCAUCAGUUCAUUAAGUUCAGUUAUGCGAGAUUUGAAUCAAGCCUUACAUGAUUUGCUCUUUUACUGAUGGACUGAUGAGGUCAGAGAUGUAUAACAGCCGUAUUGAUCCAAAUGACAAGUAUGGCAAUGCUAACCUGCUUACCUAGAAUUUUACCACAUCCUAAGACUUGCAAAUCUGUACAAUAGGAAUGGCUAGCUGUUUACCGUGACAUGUAGUGGCAUCUCUCACCAUGUGUGCACAUAGUGCUUAGGCAUGAUUAUUGCAUACUGUCGACAAGGGUGAGACGUUUUUCCUUAACUGUUUUUUUUAAUUACUGGUUGAGCUCGGUUUCAACUCUUACCUGAGUAGUUGAUCGGCAAGCCUGAUGUAGGUGUAUUGAAAUUAUGCAGUUCCAUUAGCUCUGUAGUUGUCCAGUAUACUAACGAGGCCUACAUAUUUUGCUGAUGCAAGUUGGAGGUGAACAUGAACUCUAGCAAUCCAAAAUAGCAGAUACAAAAUAACUGCAGCUCAGGCCAUGUAGUUCUACAACAACCAAGGAAGAAGUCCCUUUUUUUAAGCCAACCUCAGCCAAGGAAUUUAGGCUUAUAUGGGUGCUCUCUGUUUUUCAGAGGUGCGUGUACUGAGAGCGCCCACGAUUCAGGCCAAAAAAUCUAGACAAAGUGAUAGCCCGUUGAAGGAUGCUGAUUGUGGCUAUACAACUUCAACAACGUGCUUGCUACUCAUGAGUGGCAAAGUAUAACAUGCCACCAUUUUUUAAAUAAGCCCCUUCAAAUUAUGUAUGCAGUAUGCUGGGAAGAACUCAUGACAAAGCCUUGUUUGUAUGCUUGUCUUAAUGUAUUUUCAUACUGGCUCGAGUGAUGUACUCUUGCCCCCUACAUGACACCGCCUUUGCAGUGUAUUCUUGGUCGCGUGUUGCUCAAUUAGGUUAUUCUAUUUUUCUUUUUCUUUUUUAUUCACUGUUGUUGGCAUGAAUUUGCCCGUGCAUUUGGUCCUAUCAUUGACAACAAUUUAAACCUGUUAAUCCAGGAAGGAUAUGCACAUCAUUAGUGCACCUUUAUUUAUUUUGAGUAUAAAUGAGUAGUUAAUUUGCUAAUUAAAUUUGUUUUUUUGCGGGUAUAUUCAUCUCAUUAGAAACGUCUUUUGUGUGGCUUGGUCUUCCUAAAUAUUGUGUGGGUUUUUUCCUUUCCUGGUUUAGCUUUGCGAAACAAUGAUUAUUUGAGCGUGUGAUCUACUCAUGCCUAUUUACCUUAUUGUAUAGUUUGCCAUUCUAGAACACUAGAUCUUUCUCCACAGCUGAGAUGUUGAUAUGACAAGUUUAAUUCGUGUUUAAUCUUUGCAGAACUAAUUUUGCUUCCCAUACAUGUCAUACAAAAAUGUUAAAUUCCCAUCAUUUUUGUUCACGGAUGUUGCACCACAGGUGAUGAGAGACUCAGGAUGGGGGCAAAACGGUCUUGACCACCGGCGGACUCAUCUAUCGUCUCACCAUCACUCCCACGGGCAGCGUUAUAGUUGAGUCCAGCAAUUCAGUUCUGAAGAUAACAUGUAGGUUGAACCGAAGAGGAACGGAUUACAACUUUUUUUAAUAUUUUUAUUCAAAGUUGCAUCUCUGUCAUGUUCACAUGGAGAAUGACUAUACUUAUUAUAAGCCCUUCCAAGUUCACACGAGAAAUUAGACAUUC